AUGGCGAGACGGAAGCGGCGGAUCCCUUUGCGGUCCUCUCCCCGGCCUGGCCCACCGGAUCAGUGGCUGACGAACGGAACCUCAUCUGGAGCUGCCAGAUCUUCACUGUGCUUCUCUACCUCGACCGCGCCACUCCGCCGGAGAGAAUCGCUUCCCACGCCGCAGCCGCCGGGGGCAAGCAGAAGGCGUCUCGGCUCCGCCACGUGGCGGGCUGGCGGUGGCGGCCUCCGCUUCGUCCUCUCCCGCCGAAGGGAGCGAUUCCUUCGAGUGACCUCCUUCUCGUCCGUGGCUUCAUCGAAUCCUAACGAAAUCUUCCGCUAUUUUGUUUUUUUUUUUUUUUUGGACUUUUUUUAUUUCGAACAUGGAAGCAGAAUUGAGCUUCGCUGCCAAGUACCCCGCUUUAGUCACCGGAUUCUUCUUCUUCAUGUGGUACUUUGUUUCAGUGAUCCACUUGCUCGUUGGCCUGUUGUACUGUUUGGUGAGCUGGAGCGUUGGCCUUCCCAAGCGCAACUUGCAGUCUGCCAUGCUCUUGGCCGUGUCACUAGCAAUGUGUCAUUUGAUACCGUUGCAGUCGCAUUUACUCACACAAUCAAAGCUUUGGAACCCUUCUUUAAUGCAGCAGCUUCCCAGUUCAUACUUGGACAACAAAUACCAUUGACGCUCUGGUUAUUGCUAGCUGUAGUUGUGAUUGGUCUCAAUGGCAUCCCUCACGGAGCUUUCAUUCAACUGGACUGACUUCAUUAGUGCUAUGAUCUCAAACGUCUCCUUCACAUACCGCAGCAGUUUUUUCUAUGAAAGCCAUGGUUAUUUUGUCUCUUCACCCUACAGAUCAUUUUUAUUUUCAUAAUGUUUACAAACUG